AUGGAUUCGAACAGCCUGCUGAGCAUGAAUCUGGCGUUGAAUGUGGCGCGUAAAUGCCGCAUCUGCGGCAUGGACAUCCUGGACCUCACGUGCGCUUUCCCGAUCUUUGGCAACGAGCGGUUGGACCGGAAAAUCGAACGCUAUCUGCACCUGAACGUGCAUAUGGAUGAUCUUCUCCCAAAGUGCAUCUGUGGCUCGUGCUACCUGAAGCUCGAGAGCAUCGAUCAGUUUGCGCUGAUGGCAAACCGUACCGAGGAAGCUUUCCGUGCUUGGAUCGGUCGACUUCGGGGUCUAAACUGUCCAACGGAAGUGGCCAAAAAUGUCAACGUCGUGUUGCCUUUGUUCCGGCCCGAUCCCGAGCUUCUCGAAGCUCAAAAAUCACCUCCAAUCCACGCUGCAUCCUCGCCAAAGGACUCCACGAGCACGCCAGCAGGCGACAAAUCCGCCAUUUCGUACAGCGAUCUCAAGCUGGGUUUGCUGAUCAAGGAUCAGGAACUGCUGAAGCUCAUCCUGAAGGCACUCAAGUGGGCCGAAAACGAUCGUCGAGCAUCGUUCGAGGUGUUGAUACAGCGCCUGAAGAACACGAGCUUCCGGGAGAUCCUUUCGAACAGGAAUCUGCUGAAUGAUAGCGAUCUAACGCAGCUGCUGAAGUCCUACAUUGGUCAGGGUGUGAUGAACAGCCCACUCGUACAAGCGUCCUCUACUGCAGGUAGUCCACUCAGUAACAACAAUAAUGGUCCAUCAGCGAUUGUCCUGCAACCGGGGAGCGUCGUACAACCUGCAGAAAGCUUUCCGGAUGCGAGUGUGGUGAAGGACAUCGUCCAAAGUACACCUUCUCAGCUUGACGGCACGGUGUUAUCAGGUGGAGCGACUGUGAAUGAGUACCGAAUUGAUGAAGGAAACGUUACACAGAUGGAGGUUGGUGUUGAUCCUGAUCUGUACCUGCCGUAUGAGGAUGAAGAUAGCAACAGCACGACGAAGUACGAUGUUCGGAUCGAGGAAAGGCAGGAGAACACCGUCACUAUUAAGCUGGUGACGACGAACCUCGCUGGGGAUAUGAUCGAGAACAAGCGUAUGAUUCCAGCGAUCCUGAACGUUCGCGGAAGCAAACGUUUCCAGUGCAGCGGUUGUCCGGAGUGUUUCGCAACCAACGGUGAACUUCAGCAGCACAUCGUGACACGACACAUGCACCGAACGAAUCGCACCGUCAUUACGGAAAAAGGCAAACCGGCGAUCAAAAUUCGCGUCCGCAAAAACAAACCCCUGUCCGUGGUCGCGACUGGAGGUGUUGGUGGUGGCAUGCCUUUGGUGAUUCCUUCUCUGCCUAUCCUUUGUCCACCACCACCACCACCAACAACACCACUCCGGCUGGUCGAGGUUGAGGAAGCAUCACCUGAAGGUCCUGUGACGAUUGUGCCGUUGAAAAUUCCCGCUUCAACCACCAUAACCGUGGUUCCGGCAUCUCCGAGCAGGGUUGAGGAUGUAAUUCUUCCGCCGAAAGGGGAUGGUGAAGGUCACGAAACACCUGCCAUUGUUAGUGUCACUUCGGAGAUGAAACUUCCGGUUGAAUCACCUCCCAAAGUGGAGCUUUUGGUUCGGAAAUCGAAACGAAAACCUGUGAACAAGAUGGCUAAGGUCAAACCCCGGUUAACUGAGGCUGAUGAUAAGCAAAAGAGCAGGAAGGUGAAAAAACAGGAUCCACCGCAGAUGAUCGUGUCGGUGGAGCAACCAACGAAGCACCCGAGAAGGACUUCCGGUGUGGCGUUUUGUUCCCUCUGCCGGAAGCGACUUCCGGUGGGGGAAAAUCUGCGCGAACACAUGGAAAAGGAACACGCGCGAUUUGAGUGUCGAAUGUGUGAUCGAGUGUUUAAAAAUGCGCUCAAUUUGGGACGUCAUCAGCAGUGUCACGGAAGCGGAAGUGGUGGAAAGGGUGGUUCCGGUUCCGGUUCCGGUGGAAAAGCUAAAAAACCAGCGAAGGGAGCGCAAACGGAGGCAAAGGAAUCAUACAAAUGCACGCAAUGUGAGAAGUCCUUCCGGAGGAAUCAAAAUCUACAGCUUCACAUGUACCAUCACACGAGGAAUGCGAAGAUGAAAACUUCCGCACCGGAAGUGAAACCAACGGCGAUGAGUGGAGCGUCGGGUUUACGCAAACGAACGAAAUUGACGAGUGCCACCGGAAGCGGAAGUAGCGUUGAGGGAUCUCGAGUGUCGAGGAAGUCCGAGGUGGUGACGCGGAAAAGUGCCAUGACUAGGAAAGUGAGGUUUUCUACGUGAUCAAGCGGGCCGGAAGUCGUUUUCUUUUCGUUGCCAUUUGCGUGCGGAGUGAAUCGCCGAAGGAAGGCGAUUUUAGUUUAGAAAUAGGCGAUAAGGUUAGGCGUUUAGUUGUGAAGUUAAUAAAACGAUCGAAUCAAGAUCGUUAACUUGGGAAGAUACGCUUUAUUUGAUGUUAUGAUGUUCAUUUGAAUUUGUAUGAGCAAUAAAUAAGAUGGAUUUCAUGCGUACCAUUAAUCAUAGGCGCGAGCAAGUUAUUUUUGUGUUCAUUCAUUAGUUAAGCCAAGUAGGUGUAAAUCAUUGAUGUAAAAUAAACGUUAAGACUCGCCGUAUCGUUAUGAUUUUUAUGGCAUUAAAUAAAUUAAGUUUAGAAUAGCCCGGUACACGC